CGGCCCGCGUUCGCCGCCUCCUGCCUGGCGGCUGACUUCUUUGUGUUUUUCUCUCUGCCCUGCGCCCUGUCUCUGCAGGACCCGUUCGUUCUUCUUCGGGCUACAAGAAGGCAGAGGAUGAGAUGUCCCGGGCCACGUCUGUUGGAGACCAGCUGGAGGCACCAGCCCGCACCAUUUACCUCAACCAACCGCAUCUCAACAAAUUCCGUGGCAACCAGAUCAGUACGGCCAAGUACAGCGUGUUGACAUUUCUACCUCGAUUCUUGUAUGAGCAGAUUAGAAGAGCUGCUAAUGCCUUCUUCCUCUUCAUUGCCUUACUACAGCAAAUUCCAGAUGUAUCACCAACAGGAAGAUAUACCACCCUGGUGCCAUUGAUCAUUAUUUUAACAAUUGCAGGCAUCAAAGAGAUUGUAGAAGAUUUUAAGCGACAUAAGGCAGAUAAUGCAGUUAACAAAAAGAAAACAAUAGUGUUAAGAAAUGGUAUGUGGCAUACCAUUGUGUGGAAAGAGGUGGCUGUGGGAGACAUUGUGAAGGUCGUCAAUGGCCAGUACCUUCCAGCAGAUGUGGUCCUGCUGUCCUCCAGUGAACCUCAGGCGAUGUGUUACGUCGAAACAGCCAACCUAGAUGGGGAGACGAACCUUAAAAUACGUCAGGGUUUGAGUCACACUGCUGACAUGCAGACCCGGGAGGUUCUGAUGAAGUUAUCGGGAACUAUAGAAUGUGAAGGGCCCAAUCGCCAUCUCUACGAUUUCACUGGAAACUUGAACUUAGAUGGGAAAAGCCCUGUUGCCCUUGGGCCUGACCAGAUCUUAUUAAGAGGAACACAGCUUAGAAACACCCAGUGGGUCUUUGGCAUAGUUGUUUAUACUGGACAUGACACCAAACUCAUGCAGAACUCAACCAAAGCGCCUCUCAAAAGAUCGAACGUCGAGAAGGUGACCAACGUGCAGAUCCUGGUGUUGUUUGGAAUCCUUCUGGUCAUGGCCUUGGUGAGCUCGGUGGGGGCCUUGUAUUGGAACAGGUCCCAAGGUGGAAAGAACUGGUACAUCAAGAAGAUGGACACGAGCUCGGAUAACUUUGGAUACAACCUGUUGACGUUCAUUAUCCUAUACAACAACCUUAUUCCCAUCAGUCUGUUGGUGACUCUGGAGGUUGUGAAAUACACUCAAGCCCUUUUCAUCAACUGGGACACAGAUAUGUAUUAUAUAGGAAAUGACACGCCUGCAAUGGCCAGGACGUCAAACCUUAAUGAAGAGCUUGGGCAGGUAAAAUAUCUAUUUUCUGACAAGACUGGGACUCUAACGUGCAAUAUCAUGAAUUUCAAGAAGUGUAGCAUUGCCGGAGUGACCUAUGGUCAUUUCCCAGAACUGACAAGAGAGCCAUCUUCAGAUGACUUCUGUCGGAUGCCUCCUCCCCCUAGUGACUCAUGUGACUUUGAUGACCCUCGGCUGCUGAAGAACAUUGAGGAUCACCAUCCCACGGCGCCCUGCAUCCAGGAGUUCCUCACCCUCCUGGCCGUGUGCCACACUGUUGUCCCCGAGAAAGAUGGCGAGAACAUCAUCUACCAAGCCUCCUCUCCAGAUGAAGCUGCUUUGGUGAAGGGUGCUAAAAAGCUGGGCUUUGUCUUCACAGCCAGGACGCCCUACUCAGUCAUUAUAGAAGCGAUGGGACAGGAACAGACCUUUGGAAUCCUUAAUGUCCUGGAAUUUUCUAGUAACAGAAAAAGAAUGUCUGUAAUUGUUCGAACUCCUUCAGGACAGCUUCGACUCUACUGCAAAGGCGCUGAUAAUGUAAUUUUUGAGAGACUUUCAAAAGACUCAAAGUACAUGGAAGAAACCUUAUGCCAUCUGGAAUAUUUUGCCACGGAAGGCUUGCGGACCCUCUGCGUGGCUUAUGCCGACCUCUCUGAGAACGAUUAUGAAGAGUGGCUGAAAGUCUAUCAGGAAGCCAGCACCAUCCUGAAAGACAGAGCCCAACGGCUGGAAGAGUGUUACGAGAUCAUUGAGAAGAAUUUGCUGUUACUCGGAGCCACGGCCAUAGAAGAUCGACUUCAGGCAGGAGUUCCGGAGACCAUUGCGACCCUGCUGAAGGCAGAAAUUAAAAUAUGGGUGUUGACAGGAGACAAGCAAGAGACUGCAAUUAAUAUAGGGUAUUCCUGCCGACUGGUGUCCCAGAAUAUGGCCCUCAUCUUAUUGAAGGAGGAUUCUCUGGAUGCCACAAGGGCAGCCAUCACUCAGCACUGCACUGACCUUGGGAAUCUGCUGGGCAAGGAGAACGACGUGGCCCUCAUCAUCGACGGCCACACGCUCAAGUAUGCACUGUCCUUCGAGGUCCGCAGGAGCUUCCUGGACCUGGCACUGUCCUGCAAGGCGGUCAUCUGCUGCAGGGUAUCUCCUCUGCAGAAGUCUGAGAUCGUGGACGUGGUGAAGAAGAGGGUGAAGGCCAUCACCCUCGCCAUUGGGGACGGCGCCAAUGAUGUUGGGAUGAUCCAGACGGCUCACGUGGGUGUGGGCAUCAGUGGAAAUGAGGGCAUGCAGGCCACCAACAACUCGGACUACGCCAUUGCACAGUUUUCCUACUUGGAGAAGCUUCUGCUGGUCCACGGGGCGUGGAGCUACAAUCGGGUGACCAAGUGCAUCCUGUACUGCUUCUACAAGAACGUGGUCUUGUACAUCAUCGAGCUUUGGUUCGCCUUUGUUAAUGGAUUUUCUGGGCAGAUCCUGUUUGAACGCUGGUGCAUCGGCCUGUACAAUGUGAUUUUCACCGCUCUGCCACCCUUCACUCUGGGGAUCUUCGAGAGGUCUUGCACUCAGGAGAGCAUGCUCAGGUUUCCACAGCUCUACAAGAUCACCCAGAAUGCUGAAGGCUUCAACACAAAGGUUUUCUGGGGUCACUGCAUCAACGCCUUGGUCCACUCCCUCAUCCUCUUCUGGUUUCCCAUGAAAGCACUGGAGCAUGAUACUGCGCUGGCCAGUGGUCAUGCCACCGACUAUUUAUUUGUUGGGAACAUUGUUUACACAUAUGUUGUUGUUACCGUUUGUCUGAAAGCCGGUUUAGAGACCACAGCUUGGACUAAAUUCAGUCACCUGGCUGUCUGGGGAAGCAUGCUUAUCUGGCUGGUGUUUUUUGGCAUCUACUCAACCAUCUGGCCCACCAUCCCCAUCGCUCCAGACAUGAGAGGACAGGCAACGAUGGUCCUGAGCUCCGCACACUUCUGGCUGGGGUUAUUUCUGGUUCCUGCAGCCUGUCUGAUCGAGGACGUGGCAUGGAGAGCGGCGAAGCACACCUGCAAAAAGUCGCUGCUGGAGGAGGUGCAGGAGCUGGAAACCAAGUCCCGAGUCCUGGGAAAAGCCAUGCUGAGGGACAGCAAUGGAAAGAGGCUGAAUGAGCGGGACCGCCUGAUCAAGAGACUCAGCAGGAAGACGCCCCCCACCCUCUUCCGCGGCAGCUCCAUCCAGCAGGGUGUCCCACAUGGGUACGCUUUUUCUCAAGAAGAGCACGGAGCUGUUUCUCAAGAAGAAAUCGUCCGAGCUUACGACACCACCAAAAAGAAAUCGCGGAAGAAAUAAGGCGCGUCUUCUCAACUGAUCGUAGGAAAGAGAUUCGAUUUGUUGCACCCAGUGUUAACAGGUCUUUUUCAGCAGAGACUGGCGUCGCAGCCAGAACACCGGAAAACACAUUUCUGUGGCCUUAGCCAAGCCGUUUGUUAGUUCCAUAUUCCCUCGCAAGCCCGGAGGACAGGCCGCAGGGACGCCGUCUUUCCCUCCCAUCCCACCAAGUCUGCAGUGCUUAGCCUAACUCUUGUUUCCGUUGUUACGAAGCAUUCAACUGUGCUCUGUGAGGUGUGAAAUUAAAAACAUUAUGUUUCACCAGUAUUUAAA